CCGAGGCGACGGGAGAAAAAGCAUUCACGUUUAAUUUCGGUAACCGCUUACACGAGCCGUCGGUAUUCAUGACGCCGUCCGUGAUUCGGUGGGUAGUGAUGAUCCUUCUUAUGGACUUGGUCUCUUCAGGUCGAGUGCUCUGGAAAACGAAAGAGCGUGUGCGUGACGUCCGACAGCAGAAAGCUAAGCAACACCUGAUGAUGCGCGCGGGGAAGGGCCCACGCGCCGCCGCCGCUCUUCACAAGGAGGGUCACGUCCACCAGCCGCUCGACCAUUUUAGUGCUCAAAACACGGAAACGUUCCCACAGAGGUUUUUUCUGAACGAGCAGUUCUGGGAGCCAGCCCGCGGCCCCGUGUUCCUCUACAUCGAAGGUGAAGGCCCUCUGUCUGAGCUCAGUGUACUGGCAGGACACCACGUGGCGAUGGCGGAGGAACAUGGCGCGCUGCUGGUUGCUCUGGAGCACCGUUUCUACGGCACCAGCAUCCACUCAGGGGCUCUGGAAACCCGCAACCUGCAGCACCUCUCCAGCCAGCAGGCACUCUCAGACCUUGCUGCAUUCCAGCGCUACAUCAAGCAGAAGUAUAACCUCAGCCGCCGGAACACCUGGAUCAGUUUUGGGGGGUCGUAUGCUGGCGCACUGUCGGCCUGGCUUAGGGGAAAGUUCCCACACCUCAUCUAUGGGGCUGUGGCGUCUUCUGCACCUGUACGGGCUGAAUUGGAUUUUUCUGCUUAUAACAAAGUGGUGGGACGCAGUCUUAUGGAUGAGAGGGUGGGAGGUUCUGAGAAGUGUUUGAACAACAUCUGGGAGGGCUUCAGGGCCGUGGAGGCCGUUCUGCAGGGGGGCAAUGUGGCGAAGGUGGGGACGGACUUUGCAUGCUGUGAACCGCCCACAAGUCCCGAGGAUCAGGCCGAGCUCAUGCAGAGCCUGGCUGACAUCUUUAUGGGGAGCGUCCAGUACAACGAAGAGGGCGUGUCCCUGACCAUUGCCCGUCUCUGCGACCUGAUGACCAAUCAGGACGAAGCUGGAGUGCAGGACGAGGAAGCCUACUCCAGACUGGUUAAACUGGUGGAGGUUUAUCGCACACUGGAGAAAGAGCCAUGUUUAGACGUCUCUCACAGGCAGACCGUCCUAACCCUCAAUAAAACAACAGAUAGCAGAUCUGGGUAUAGACAGUGGUUCUACCAAACCUGCACGGAGUUCGGCUUCUAUCAGACAUGUGAAGACACAAGCUGCCCUUUCUCACGCAUGCUGACUCUGCAGACUCAGACUCAGCUCUGCCGCCUGCUGUUCGGGCUCCCUCAGCACACCCUUUCCAUGAACAUCGCCUUUACCAACCAGUACUAUGGAGGAGAUGAGCCCCACAGCCAGCGUGUGCUCUAUGUCAAUGGUGACAUUGACCCUUGGAUGGAGCUGAGCGUGGUGCGGAAUGACGGCAGCGUGGACAGAGACAGGGCUGUGGUCAUUAACGGUACUGCUCACUGUGCGGACAUGAAUCCCACGCGUCCUGGAGACAGACUGUCCCUGCAUCAGGCCAGGAAGGAAAUUGAAAGGCAUGUUGCCACAUGGCUGAAGUAUGCAGCGUGGGAGAACAUGGAUUGGCCAACUGGGAUUCUUGGUGGUUGAUCAUGUGACCAAAAUGGGCCAGCCUGGUUCACCUACUAUUACCCUUCUAAUCUGCCUACUGUCAAAUUAUCUUAUCACAACUGCAUGUGUGUGUUACCUCACUGUAUGUGCAUGUGUAGAGAUGCCUUUCACUGUCUUCUAGUCCUGUCCAAUAGCCACUAUGGGCAAGGUCCUGUCCUGUUCUGUCCUGCUGCUCUGUGAUCAUGCUCAGUGAUCCUGUAAAUCUUAGCUUUGGAUGAAAUGUACUCAGAUGUACUCAAAUACACUCAAAUUUAUCAGUGCUUUGUUUUAAUGUGUGAAC